AUGCCCAAGAGGCUCAGCAGCCCCAAGAGACCAUGGCGGCUGCUGCAGCGACUGGAAGCCGACGACGACGCCGAUGCGCUUGCGAGAACAUUGAGCGAGCUGAAGAACAAGCAUUUGCUGUCGGACCCGCGCGAUGCGACCUCCGCCAUCCGAGCUUCAGGCCGGGGAUUGCUGUGGCCCUGGGCUCUGGAGCUGCUCUGGGAUUUACGGAUGGCACGCCUGGAUUCCAUCAUCGCGUACUCUGCUGCGAUGAAUGCAUGCAAGAAAGGUGGCUGCUGGCCACAGACGGUGCAGCUCCUCAGGUGUGCCCGCGACUCGGUGCUUGCAAUCGACGUCGUGGCUUGCGGCACUGUGCUGAGUGGCCUGAAGGGCAUUGAGCCCUGGCCGCUUUCCCUGACCUUCCUGGCCGAGAUGGAGCAGAAUCAGCAGCUGCACGGCAACCUUGUCGUGCUUGGUAGGGAGUUGCCUCGGCCAGAUGUUGCAUGCUACACGGCAGCGGUCGAUGCUUGUGCAUCCUGGGGAAGUGCCUUGAAGGUCCUCGGAAAGGUGCAGGCAAGGCAUCUCCAAAUCGAUCCCGUGCUGCUGAAUUCUGUGCUUUCCAGCUGUGGCGGUGACCACUGGCCACGGUUGCUAUCCCAGUUGGAUGCUUUCCGAACAGAAUGGAGCGACUGGGGCGACUGGGGCAAGCGCAUCCAGCGCUCUACGGUCACCGGGAAUAUCCUCCAGAAUGCCUUGGCCAAGGCCGGUUUCUGGCAGCUCGGAUCCUCCUGGCUUGCUUGGCAGCAGCUGAAGCCCAACGUAGUGACUUACAGCUGCCUCAUGGCCGCGACCACUCCGUGCCCAGCCGAUUCUUGGCGGCAUGCUGUUCACCUCCUGGACGUUAUGUGGGCCCAGUCCAUCAGAUGCAAUCCAGUUGCACUGUCCGCGGCCGUCGCGGUUCUGGGCGAGAGGUGGCAGCCGAGCCUUGAGAUAGUGGCCCGGCUCUGGGCGAGGCGAUUGGCGCCCGAUGAGGGGCUUGCGCGUUCCCUGCUGGCUACCUGCAGUGGAGGCACACGAUCCAAGCUGACGCUUGGUCUCCUCGGCGCUUUUGGGCGCAUCCGCCUUGACAGCGCCGAGGUCACCGGUGCAGCGGCGCAGGGCCUCGCUCAGCAGGCUCAGUGGCAGCCGGCGGCCGCCAUUGCCGAGAAACUCGAGGGGCAGCAGAUGCUGACGGCCUUCAGCAGCCUCAUCCUCCUCCGUGGGGCGGAUGGAGUCGACGUGGACCGUGCCCUGCGCUGGUGGGCUUUGCUCCGCGAGCGGCGUGUGGUGCUGGACGAGCAGGCAUUCGUGGCAGCCCUCACCGCCUGUGCACGUGGCGGGAGGUGGUGGAGAGCCCUUGGCCUGUUGCGCGACAUGGCGCUGCUGCGCGUGCCAGCGGGCAGGUUCUCCGCGGCUGCUUCCCUCAGUGCCAUGGAGGGUGCUCGGCGCUGGCGGCGAGCGCUGUCCCUCCUCUGUGGGUUUCAGGAGAGAGCGGCCUUGGCGAUGCCAGCGGUGAAUGCCGCAGUGGCCACUUGUGAGAAGGGUUGGAGGUGGUGGGAGGCAGCGCACCUGCUCGCCUCCUUGAGCUCUGGUGGCCUCCAGCCGGAUCAGAUCGGCAGCAACAGCCUUCGCAGCGCCUACGCCGCAGCGGCGCUGUGGCAGCGGGCUUUGGCCUUCGGUACCCGGCACAGGGACGUGGCGGCUCGGCACUCGGUUCCUCUCGGCUUCAAGCUUUCAGAGAUCCGCACUUUCGAGCGGGAUGCAGUCGCUUCUUUUGUUGUAGGCGACCUGGCGUGGAGGGUAGGGCACCUGCACCUGAAAUUUCACCAGCUGAAGCCUGGAUGCCCUGUGUUUCCGUGCCGUGAUGAAGCACUAGCCCCAGACACAGCAGUGUUGUGGGAAAGUGCUGUUAACCAAACGUGGGUCGGUCAUUUUCUUGGGGCCUUGGCUAAGCAUGAGCUUGGCAAGUCAAGGUAUCGUUCACAACCAUGGUGGAUGCACUGCCGGCCGAACGCUGGCGCAAAGCAGUGCAACUGUGCACCGCCCCCUGUCGUGACAGCACGCCAGCUAGAGAAGGCGCCACUUUUGCCCGAGCACAGAAUUAGGGAAUGGUGCUUGAUGUAG